AUGGGCUGGAGUGAAGCGUCCCAGGGCCUCCCAUGCCUGAGUCUGGCUCCUAAGAUCGCUCCGAUCCACGCUGCUCCGUCGCUGCAGGUGGACCCGACCCCGCAAGUGCUGCCGGUGGCCACGGCCGAGCGAUGCCACGGUAGCCACGUGGAAGACGUCCCUGACGCUGCGCUCCGAGGACCGGGAGGAGCACUCCACGUAGGACACGGCGCCCACCUGCUUGGCCAGCACGGUGCCCUGGGAACAGGAUCGCAGGAGAAGGUCGGGGACCGGGUGAUGGUGCUGACCCGCCGGGGGAUGUGGCAGGAGGAGGCCACGGUCCCUGCCGCCCACACCUUCCUCAUGCCUGAGGCCAUGACCUUUGAGGAGGCGGCGGCCCUGCUGGUGAACUAUAUGACAGCCUACAUGGUCCUCUUCGACUUUGGCAACCUGAGACCUGGCCAUAGCGUCUUGGUACACAUGGCUGCGGGCGGUGUGGGCAUGGCUGCCCUGCAGCUGUGCCGCACGGUGGAGAACGUGACCGUGUUUGGGACGGCCUCGGCCAGCAAGCAUGAGGUGCUGAGGAAGAAUGGGGUCACCCACCCCAUUGACUACCACACCGCAGACUACGCUGAGGAGAUCAGGAAGAUCUCCCCCAAAGGAGUGGACAUCGUCAUGGACCCUCUGGGCGGGUCAGACACUGCCAAGGGCUACAGCCUCCUCAGACCCCUGGGCAAGGUCGUCUCCUACGGGGUGGCCAACAUGCUGACGGGCCCCAAGCGGAACCUGGUGGCCAUCGCCCGCACAUGGUGGAACCAGUUCAGUGUCACAGCCCAGCAGCUGCUGCAGUCCAACCGCGCGGUGUGCGGCUUCUACCUCGGGGCGCUGGAGGAGGACACGGAGCUGCUCCGCGGCGUGGUGGCCCGCCUGCUGGCCCUGUACAGCCAGGGCCACAUCAAGCCCCACAUCGACUCCGUCUGGCCCUUUGAGAAGGUGGGCGAUGCCAUGAAACAGCUGCAGGAGAAGAAGAACGUAGGCAAAGUCAUCCUGGUGCCUGGGCCUGAGAAGGAGAACUAGUGUGGCUGGCCGGCGGGGCGGGCUGUCCUGUCUGCGUCCUGGCCCCGCCCGCCCGCUGCACGGGAAGUGGGAAGGGACCAUUUGGAUAUCCAGGCCCUGCCAAGGCACAGGGCAGGCGAGGAGGCUGCUUCCAGCUCCGCCCGCUCCCCGCUGUGCCGCUUUUUUGCCAAGGUUAACCCUCCGUCCACCCUGUGUGCCCCUCUGCCUCACCUUCCCUCCCUCUGCCCCCGAGUCCAGCAUGUCCCUGUCCCUCCUGCCAUCCUGCCUGUCCCCAGCUGCUUAAGCACAACAGGGACUCAUCCACCUCUGGCUUUGAGGCCACCCCUUCUGGGCUCAGGAACCAGACUGUGCCCCAGGCUUGCUCAGCCCGAAUCCCGGCUCCCAACGCUGCUCCUGCCACUGAGGCCUUGUGAUCGCUCUCAGUGCCUUUGCACAGGAACCUGGGCUGCUGCGCCGGGCCUGGCCCCACUCCGCCCCGACCCCUAGUGCCUUCCCCGUCCACAGGGCUGGGCCCACUUCCCGCCACCGCCCCGACAUGCUCUGUGCCUGUCAUGGCCGUGCUGGAGGAGGAAGAGGCAGGCGGGUCUCACAGCUGGGCACGGCUGCAGCCCAAAGUUGUGCAGGGCAGGUUCCCUUCCGGGGUGGGAAAUGACUCCCAGCUCAGCUCCGAGCUUUGUGCUGCACAGGAGUCGGCAGGCAGCAGUGUGGGGAGCUGAGGCCUGGGCUGCAGCCACCACAAGCAGGGUGGCCUGAGAAGUGGCCUCGCCUCGUGGGAUGUGCCUGCCCCUCCCAGGCACAGCUGCCAUUGUGUUUGUGUCAAUAAAACGCCAAACCCAGCCGUG